AUGAGAUUUCCAUUAUCUAGUCUAUUAGUGGGCGCAGCCUUCUUGUCAUUGACAACAUGUUCUAGCAAUGAUUUUGAUCAAAAAGUUUUACAACUUGACAAGUUAUUUUCCGAGCAAGGUCCGACAAUGAAUGUUCUACAAGCAUAUGAAGAAAUAAUUCGAACGGCAAAAUCUUCGUCCAAUACGAAUUCACUCCCUAAGUUAUUAUUCAAGAAAGCUAUAAUUGAGAUCAAUUUGAAUAAAGAGAUUCAAGCCAUAGCUGAUUUGAAAUGGGUAUUACAGCUAGAUCCAGCAAUGGGUCCAGCCAAGGAUAAAAUUGUACAAUUAUUGAUGGCAAGAGGAGAAUUCGAUUCAAUUCAACAAUACCUAAUUAACGACAAUGACAAGGAUAUUUACGAUACAAUUGAGAAAAUCAACCAAGGUAUUAACACUAGUAAAGAAUUAAUGGAAAAACACGAAUAUCAACAAUGUGCAGAUAUUUUGAAUGAAAUUAUGUCAUUGAGUCCAACAAAUUAUGAAAUUACUGAAUUAUACUAUAAUUUGGCCCUAAACUCUUAUAGAGAGAAUCCCGAUUCUCAAUUGAAAUAUUUAGGUGAAAUGCUACCGGCCAAUAAAGUGAUUAUACAAACUGCAAAAAGUUUGAUUGAUAUUAAUCCCAUGAAAAGUUUAAAUUACUUUAAUGUAUUAUCGCAGUUUUUAUUAUACACAGAAGUCCAAUUUGAGAAUUCCAAUAGAAUCAUAAAGAAUUGUUUGAGAAUAGACAAUGAAUAUACAUCGUGUGGUAAGUUGUCGAAAUUCUAUGUCAAAUUUCAGAAUUUUCUCAAAUUAUUAGAAGAUUAUUCAAUAAUUGAAGGUCAUUAUUAUACCAACACUGAAAAUAACGUGAAGUUAGAUGAUGAAGGAUUAAUUAAUCCAGUUAUAGAUUAUCAAUUUGUUAUAAACUUCUUGUUUGUGGAUGAUUUGCAAGUAUCAAAAUUAGAUAAGCGUAAACUACCAUCAAGUAUAAAGAAUAACUUUGAUUACUUACAAUAUCAAACUCAGAAGUUUGGAGACGAUUUGGGAUUUGUAACAUCUCCAAAGACAUUGUUCUUGCGGGAUUUAAACAAAUUGAUAUGUGAGGCAUAUUCCUUGACUGGCAACUCAAAGAAGGCAAAGCAGUUUUGUGAUAGUUUUGAAGACUCUGAUAACUUGUUUUUGCCAAAGCAUAUUCCAGAAAUAGACAAAUAUUUACUGAAAAAGAAGUAUUCCCAGGCAGAAGAAUUGUUGAAUAAGUUUAAUAAUAAUGUAAAGCAAACAAAGUUGUUUACUGAUAGAUGGGCCAAAGUGGAGGAAUAUCAUAUGAAACUUAAUCAACAAAGACAACAACAAUAUUUUCAACAACAACAACAACAACAGCAGCAACAACAACAGCAACGUCAACGUCAACAGCAAUAUAGAGCACCACCGCAUCAACCACGAAAAAAGCCUGCUAAUGAUUACUAUAAAGUUUUGGAUGUGCCACGUGAUGCUGAUGAAAAGUCUAUUAAGAAAGGGUAUAGAACCCAAACAUUAAAGUAUCACCCAGAUAAAUAUAAGGGAGAUGAUUUGACUCCUGAGCAGAUUGAGAAAAAAAUGCAAGCUAUUAACCAAGCAUAUGAAGUGUUGAGCGAUCCUGAAUUACGUGAACGAUAUGAUAGAGGUGAUGAUCCAAAUGAUCCAAUGGGUCAGAGCCAUCCACAGUGGCAACAACAAGGUGGUGGCGGUGGACAACCCAAUUUCAACUUUAAUUUUGGUGGUGGUGGUGGUGGCAACCAAUUCUUUCAACAAUUCUUUGGUGGUCAAGGGUUUAAAUUUAAUGGACAAGGCAAUCCAUUCGGUAAUUCACAUCAUAAAGUGAAAAUUACAAAAAACAAGAAAAAGAAUAAAACCAAAAGGCAGUAA